GGUAACCGCACCCAAUUUACAUUGAUCUGAUACAUCAACAAGUACCAGUUUUCACCGCUAUUUCCUGAACGUGUACCACUCGCACUGUGUUUGUGUGUAAAUGACAUUGUACGCGUGUUAAAUCAUCUUACAUUGUGUGAAUUUCGUGCCCAAAUCCUUGUUCUUGGGACGGCAGUUUAGACUCAAAAUGACCAUGGAAAGUGAUAACCACGCUCCUGCUCCCGAGGAGAGGCCAAAUUCGGGCCCAGAUGGCAAAAGUCGUGACCUUCGUUUAUCGGGUCAUGUUGGAUUUGACAGUCUUCCAGACCAGCUGGUUAAUAAAUCCGUAGCCCAGGGAUUCAGUUUCAACAUUCUGUGUGUCGGUGAGACUGGACUUGGCAAGUCUACCCUGAUGGACACCCUGUUCAACACACAGUUUGAGAGCUCCCAGGCACCACACAACCUACCCGGAGUCAAGCUUAAUGCCAGCACAUAUGAGUUGCAAGAGAGUCAAGUACGACUGAAGCUGACUGUAGUCAACACAGUUGGGUUUGGAGACCAGAUCAACAAGGAGGACAGCUACAAGCCGAUCGUGGAGUACAUCGACAAACAGUUUGAGAACUUCCUCCAAGAGGAACUGAAGAUCAAGAGAGCUCUGCACUCUUACCAUGAUACUCGCAUCCACACCUGUCUGUACUUCAUCGCACCCACCGGUCACUCUCUUAAGUCACUGGACCUCGUCACGAUGAAGAAACUAGACAGCAAGGUGAACAUCAUUCCAGUCAUUGCUAAGGCUGAUACCAUCUCCAAGAGUGAACUGCACAAGUUUAAGAUCAAGAUCAUGAGUGAGCUAGUGAGUAACGGAGUACAGAUUUAUCAAUUCCCAACGGAUGAUGAGACAGUCGCUGAUCUUAACUCAACCAUGAAUGGUCAUCUACCAUUUGCUGUAGUUGGAAGCACAGAGGAGGUUAAGAUGGGCAACAAGAUGGUCCGUGCUAGGCAAUACCCAUGGGGCGUCGUACAAGUUGAGAAUGAGAACCACUGUGACUUUGUCAAGCUGCGUGAGAUGUUGAUCCGUACCAACAUGGAAGACCUGAUUGAACAGACACACACACGUCACUAUGAGCUCUACAGACGCUGUAAACUAGAAGAGAUGGGAUUCAUGGAUACAGCACCAGACAAAAAGCCUGUCAGUUUACAAGAGACAUAUGAGACUAAGAGAACAGAACAUCUUCAGAUGCUGCAACAGAAGGAAGACGAGAUGAGACAAAUAUUUGUCGUGCGAGUGAAGGAAAAGGAAUCCCAACUCAAGCAUAUGGAGAAAGAGCUCCAUGAGCGCUUUGACAAACUCAAGAGAGACCACGCAGACGAGAAGAAACAACUGGAUGACCAAAGACGUCAGCUGGAAGACGAAAUCAACUCCUUCAAUCGCAAGAAGCAACAAGCCCUCGAUGACUCUCAACACGCUCAGACAUUGCAGAAAGGAAAGAAGAAAUGAAUCUGGGGGAAAAAACGCUGAGGCCUUUUGCUUUUUUUUUUUUUUAAUUCGUCU